UUCUAAGUCUGAUGUAUCGAUAUUUCAGCGCCCUUGAUAACAUGGUGACCAUGUUUAGGCUUGGAGUCAAAGCAAACAAUACUUUGUUAAUUAUUGCGAAAUUAUAUAUCUAAAAUAUGCCAUUUUAUUUUCAUCUAUGCUAGCUAGAUGCUAGGCUGAUAGCACAAUAUCCAACAACAACGUUAGGCUAACGCUAACGUUACAGCUGCUAAGCUAGUUAUUGCUAAAUAACUGUUCAUGUCAGUCAUGUCACUCAGCAUAUCGCGUGUCAGAUAGGGGAAACUGUUUAGUUACAUAAUAUUCCAAAGCAAGUGCUGCUUAUGUUGUGUAAAAUAACGUUACGUGCAAAGUAGGCUAUCCUAGUGCUUACCAUGGAAAAGGUAAAGCCGUGGGUCUUGAUGGGAUUACUGGAAAGGACCUUGCCGUUCGUUUACAACAUUCGUAAUGGCCUAAUGUUAGCUGUACAAAGUACUAUGCUGACUACUAGGUAACAAAAUGAUGGACGACUCAGACCUCGACUUUUCGGACCUUUGUUCUCGACUUCUAAAAAGAAAAGUCCGGAAGAAAGCAGGUGAGACUGGCGAAGAUAAGAAAUCUGGUGAUCGAGAUGGCGAAACUCAGUCCAGUAGCACUGCCCCAUCGUGUUCAAAACAAAGGAAAAAAUCAAACAACCAUCCAAAGAAAGAUGCCUCGUCAGAACCUUUGGGGAAAGUGGAAUCUGAACCUCGGGCAGUGCUUCAAGCUGUCAGUGUUGCACAGACUGAGAGUGGAACAGAGAGACAAUCGGUGACCCAGUUGACGUCAACCCAGAAAAGUAAGGUUGAUGUAAAAGAGGUGGUGUUGAGUCGGAUGCAACGGUUUAAACGAGUGGACCCGCAGAAGCUCCAGCAUGCUGAUAGCUUCCCAUCAACAGUGGCAGAACCAGCAAGUAUUCGACCUCCCUCACCCCCAGUACAAAACAAAGAGCUUUCGCUGGAUGAGAGGCUGGCCGUCCGGCUUCAGAAGGAGCUCGACAAGGAGUUUGAGGGCCAGGCUCAGGGGAAGGUGGUGAAUGUUGACCAGGGAGGAUUGUUCUUCUGCCAGCUGUGCUUCAGAGACUUGUCAGCCAUGACCCCCCAGCUGCGCACACAACACAUCAACAGGUGUCUAGAUCAGAGUGAGAGCCAAGCGGCUCCGGCUCCUGCUCCAGCGGCCCCUCGGCCUGUGGUCCCGGAGUGCCCCAUCUGUGGGAAGGGCUUCAAGUCGCUCAAGAGUCGCUCCACCCAUCUGAAGCGCUGCUCAGCCGAAAUGGGCGUGCCUCCAGCGGUCCUUUUGCAAGCUGUGCAGAGACAGGCCAGUGAGGCUGUGAGUGACAGCACAGCCGGCCAAUCUGUCCAAGCUGGAGGUCCGAAGAGGAGACUCCCCUCAGAUCCCACCCAGCCUGCCAGGAAGAGGCCCAAGAAGGCGACCCAGCCUGUGGACGAGGACACUAUGGUGGCCCUGGCCCUCUCCCGCUCUCUGUUGGAUCAGGAAGUGGAGAUGGAAAGGGCAAAGGCCCUUGAGGUCAUGGAGGUCAAAGGAGCUGAACCUCAGAUGUCUGUUGGCGCAACAUUGCAGUGGAAGCCAGGAGCAGCUGCAGGCAAAGGGAGGAGACGCAGGAAGGGAGCUCCCGCUGGUCCUCCUCCGCUGCUCCUCAGGCAGGACCCCGAGGAGGCCCUGCGGCGCCUGCAGGAGCGCGUCUCCCUCAUGCUGCUGCGCUCCCGCACCCCCUCCCCUCCGCCCACCCCCACGCUGCCCCCCGCUCCCUGCUGCCGCCCCCCGCAACGCUACCGCAGGGGACACGCGGAGGGGGAGAGCCCUGACCCCUGCUCCUCUGCCCCGCUGUGGCACAAGAGUGCCCUGCCGGCCGGCUCCGGCCACGCCACCGCAGAGUUCUACACGGCCGAACUGAGUGCCUUCAUCCAGCCCUACGCCAGCCCACAGAGAGACCAAUCAUCAUCCACCAUGACGCCCCCAGUGAAGGUCCCGCCAGCGCCCCCCUCUCAGCCCUCCGCUGCCGCCCCCACUGCCCAGGCCCAGGCCCGUUCCCCUUCACCCAACUCCCCCAGCCCGUCCCCCGUGCUGCCCAGCCAGGCGCUGCAGGACCUGUUGGCGCUGGGGGAGAAGGGCCUGAACCUCGCUGCUGCUCUAGAUCAGGGCCGAUCUUCUGACGCUGCUCCACAGCAGCUGAGUGGCCUCACCAACCCAGUUUCUGAAACCCACGUGGAGGCCAACACCUCGUCAUCUCUAAGCAGGCUGGCCUCAGACCUGAGCUCCAUGGUGAAUAACCCACAACUGAGUGAUGUACAGCUGCAGGUGGACAGCGGUGAGGUCCUCUUCGCCCACUCCUUCAUGCUCUAUGCACGCUGCCCUCUGCUGGUCGAACAGGUGCACGCCAGUGGCUUUGGUGUGCAGGAGGAGGGGGUGCCAGCUGCCCAGAGAGUCCUGCUGGGGGAGGUGCCCGCCGGGGCCGUGCUCACCAUGCUCCAGUUCCUCUACAGCGCUCAGUGCCCGCUCACGCCCAGCCUGGCACCACACGUCCAGGAGCUGGCAGCCAGGUUCGACCUGCCGGAACUGUCGCAGGAGUGCCAGCUGUACCUCCGGAAGCUGGAGCAGGAGGAGGGGGGCCAGGCCUGGGGAGAUGCCCCAGCUCCAGAGCCCCCGGAGGGGCAGGAAGAGCAGGACAACACCCAGGCCCAGCUGCACUUCCUGGAGCUCCUUCGCUCCAUGUGGAGCUCGCAGGAUGAGGGGGAGGAGGAGGGAGGAGGACAGGGAGACGGACUGGCCGACGGAGAGAUGAGCGUCAGGGUGGAGGAGCAGGCGAGCGAGGGAGAGGAGAACAGACGUGAGGAGCAUGUGGACGAGGAGGAGCUGGAGGAGAUCUACGAGUUUGUGGCUACGCAGAGGAGAUGGGGAGAGUCAGCCCUGACACACGAGACUGAGAGCCUGGAGGAGGAGGAGGAGGAGGAGGAGGAAGUGGAGGCAGCUGAGGAGGAUGUCAGAAUGUUCUUUGAAAUGGAGGAAGAGAAAACAAGUGAUCAUGGAUCAGGGGAAGUGAGGGAGCCAGUUGAAAGCAGAGUUGGUGAAUCAGUACAAGGAGAGACCCCCGCUGGACCAGGCGGCCAUCUCAACGAGUCUCCUCACACAGAAGGGCCCAGUUCUCAUCACAAGGAUGGCUCUGGUGAUGCUAUGGAAACCCACGAUGAGUGUACAAGUGAGAAGGACGAUCAAGAUGGCGAACCACAUCCAGACGAUCAAAAUGGCGAACCACAUGCAGACGAUCAAGAUGCCGAACCGCACCCGGAACCUGUGCCACAUACAGAUGCUAACUUGAACAACAGCUAUGACCACCUCUUCUCCCAGUCGUGGGGGGAAUAUGCUGAACCAUCUUCUGCCCCAGCCACCCAGCACCAGUCCAGGUCAAAGCCUGACCCUGUGCAGAUCAUUGACCUCUCCAUCAGUCCACCUGUACCUACCUGUGAGCCCUCAUUUCCUGUGCCAGGCCUCUCCCCAGAGCUGACCAUUGUACGGGGUAGUCAAAGGCUUAGAAUGUCCUCGGAGAUGACCGUUACACGAGGAAGUCAAAAAGCUACAGUUUCUCCAGAGCUGUCCAUUACACAUGCAAGUCAAAGGCUUAGAUUGUCCUCAAAGAUGACAGUUACACGAGGAAGUCAAAGAGCAACAAUGUCUCCAGAGUUGACAGUUACACAUGCGAGUCAAAGGCUUAGAAUGUCCCCAGAGUUGACCAUUACACAAGGAAGUCAAAAGACUACAGUGUCUCCACAGUUGAUGGUUACACAUGCGAGUCAAAGGCUUAGUAUGUCCCCUGAGUUGACAUUUUCACAAGGAAGCCAAAAGGCUACAGUGUCUCGAGAGUGGAAAGAUGCACAUGCAAGUCAAAGACUUGGAAUGUCCCCUGAGUUGAGAGAGAAGCAAGGCCGUCGAGUUGAGGCACUGCCCUCCAGCAGUCAGGGUCAGGGCAGUUCUACUGACCAGUGCUCUAAAGAGGUCGAGCUCAUAGUGCUGUCGGACUCGGGUGAUGACUCCCCAACGUGUUUGUCUCCCUCUCCACCUCAGCCCGUGUGCACCCAGUCACCCCUUGUUCUUCUAGAAGAUUCCCCACUCUAUACCUGCAUAAAGGAUGUAGCAAAAGCCAAAGACUCCCUCUCCGCCAGCAAAACGGCACAACCUUUGAAAGAUCCAUGUGAUUCUCAGUCUGCAGCCUCAGACCCCCCUCCUAAGGCCCAUCCAACCCCCUCAGGCCCUGAGUCUCCCUGCGCUGCAGAUUCUCCAGGAGUCCAGAGCCUGCUGGAUGGCUCGGCCGAGGUGUCCUGGCUGGUCCCGUCCACCCCACACAUCUCCAACCGGACACGGAGCAGCUCCACCCAGACGGAAAGCAGUAUGCGUCGCACUCGUCUCUUCCCUGGAUCUUCAUCAUCACAGGCAUCAUCAGCGUCCUCCUCUUCAUCAGUUCCUGGCCAUUCUAAAGCUCCAUCUCUCAAUAAUAUCUCCUGUAAGGAGGAGUCAGAAGAAGUCUCAGUCUCUGAUCAAACACCUACCUCACACCAAGCCCAAGCUAAGCUCGAGGGAAGCAGACCAAACCUCACUGGAGAUGACUCUCCAGUCUUCCUACUUCCAAAGUCCCUCCCUAGGCGGUUCAGCUCGGCUGCUGACCUCACCCCUUGCGAAUCACACAGAGGAGCGUCCGUGGACAAACCGUCCUCCAAGAAGAGGUUCGGCCAGCCCGUCAGCAGCACCCCUCUGCACUCCGACUCCGAGUCCCUCGUGUGCUCCCAUCUCCUCUCCGUCUCGCCGUUCUUGAGCAACGUGGGGAAGAGCCAGCACGUCCAGGAGAGCGGGACCGCUCUCAGAGGCAGUGCGCCAUCGGAUGGCAGUCCAGAGAGGAGAGGCUACCUGGGCUUUUCCCAUCUCCAAGAUGUCAGCCCCUCCAGGGAUCGAGAGGAGGCACGCGCUAGCAAGUCCAGGAGUCGGCAGAAGGAUUCCACGGAAGGCAGUAACCCAGGCAGCUCUGCAAGAAGUAAAGGAGGAUCUGAACACCGUACAUCUGGUGCAGAAGAGGUUGAUAUGAACGGGGUCAAAGACAACAGGGAGACGGAGAGCAAAGAGACAGGGACGGAGGAGGAGGAUGAGGACGAAGAUGGGUUACCACCUCAACAGAGCUUCAGCAACUACGACGAGCCAGCCAUGCCGUUUGAUGAGCCCCCGAUGGCUUAUGAUGACCCUCCAAUGGCCUUCGAGGAACAACCCAUUGCUUGUGAUGACCAAGCAGCGGCCUUCGACGAGCCCCCGAUGGCCUUAGACGACUCUUGGGGUUUUGGGGACUGCAGGGCCGAUCUCCACAAACCACGUUUCAGCCUGCGCUUGGAGAGCAGUGGGGACGCCGGCCUCAGCUCCACCACUCCGCUCGGGGCACAGGCGCCGGUCACCACGGACCGGACACCCCCUGCCCCUUCACCAGAGCCCCGGCCUGGCACCAGUGUCCUGGACCCUAAGCUGUGGGACAGCUGGGAGGAGGAGGAGGAGGGAGCAGGUGCUGCUCUUCCUCUCUCUCAGAGGCUGGACGCCGUUGCCCCGGCUAAGAGGGUGGCUCAGCUCAGGACUCCAGUGGCCUCUAAGAAGGCAGGCCCACUGGUGCCCAUCACCCCAAUGCCCCAUUACUCAGACUUGGACACGCCAGACCUAAAGAACAAACUCAACAGGUUUGGAGUGCGUCCCCUCCCCAAGCGGCAGAUGGUGCAGAAGCUGAAGGAGAUCUUCCAGUACACCCACCAGCUGGAGAGCUCCGAGUCCGAUGACGAGGCGCCGGUACACGGCUACAGGCCUCGGCCUGUCCCCCCUCCUGCCCGCUCCUGUGCCCAGUCACUCAACUUCAAGGAGCCCAGGGCGCCCCCUGCUGUCUCCCCCAGGAAAAUGCAGCUCAGCCUGGAUGCCCAGGAGCCCUUGUCCCUCUCGCAGAGCUCCAACGCUUCCUCCACAGACGCGAGUCAGGACUCUGAGAGGUCCAACCCUGAGCUCCUUGUGAGCGACGACGGCGACUCCUCCUCGGACAGCGAGGGCCCGGUGACGGCCUCGCAGGCGGUGUCGCGGCACACCAACAAGCUCAAGGCCGUGCGGCGCUUCAUCUUGUCCGACCCAGAGCUGCACAGCCAGGUGCUACAGUACCGGCCGCUGGUGCUGUCGCAGCUGCAGGAGCGCCUCAAGGCCGCGGGCAUCCGCCUGGGCGCCGCCAAGCUGCUGGACUUCCUGGACGCCCAGUGCAUCACCUUCACCACGGCCAAGCCGGGCCAGAAGGCCCCCUCCCGCAGGAGGAGGAAGAAGCCGGCGACGGCAGGGGCCAAGGGCACCAGAGCGGCGGCUGAAGGAGGUGCGAGGGGGAGAGGGGGGAGGAAGAGGGGUGGAGGGGCCAGAGCCCCAGACUGAGCUGCACGUGCGAUGAGGAGGCGAGAGAUGGACAGAGGAACAGCCAGGGUGCUGUCUCAUCAGGUUGGCUUGGAGAGUGCGUAACUGCGCAGUGCCAUCAUGACUACUGUAUCGCGCUGUUUAAUGUACUCUCUCUGACAUGUUGGAGGCUGCUGUCAGAUCUGAUGAUCUUUUUCGAGAACUAACUGUGACUCGAGGUGGGAUUUUUGUGGUUGUUUGUUUGGGAGGCAUCUCAAGAGAAUUCAGAGCUGUUGAAGACUUUGUGCGCUAGUGGUCUUUGUUAUGUAUUUCAUCUUGUUUUAUGAAAUUUCAGAUAUGUUAAAGGUUAAUUUAAGAAUUGUUAAUAUGAAUAUGGUCAUUAUGGAAUUAAAA